UUCCUCCCUCCUUCCACAGUCCACACACGCGCCGCGAAUAUGGGCUCCGCCGCACGCGUCGCGCCACCGAGCUCCUCGGCUCCCCCGCCGGCCCGCGACCUCGGUCCCUUCCGCCGCACGCCGGCUAUCCCUCUCCCUCCCCCUCCCCCUCCGCGCCCCGAGGCCGCGCCCGCGUUGACCCGCACCUCCACUGCCAUCAAACCCUUCUUCCCCUUUGCGUCCUCUCCAAGCCCCUUCAUGCCGUCCAAAGGCAUCUCCCACCUCCCUUUUAGCAUUCCCCUUCCGCCUUCGCCUCCCCCCAGCACCACCACCUCCUCCUUCAGGACUGCACUCUGCAAUCCUUUCCUGGCCGCCGCCGAGGUUUACUUCCAGUUCCAGGUCCGGGUUCCAUGUCACUGGACCACAGCCCCACCGGCUCCUUGGUAGAGUACAACAAUGACAUCGAAGAGGCCAAGUCCCCCAACACCAGCGUCGCCGCGGUCUCCAUCAAGGACGGCGACGCCUCUGUGUACAAGAUCAUCCACGGCUUCCUCAAGCAGAAGAACAACUCCAUCAUCAGAGUCGCUGCCCGCGUCGCCAGGAAGGCGGCAUCUAACAAGAUAUCGAGGAAGACGUCCGAUGUUUUCGACACCUUAAUCCAGCAGCAGCAAAGCAAGUGGGGAAAUAGAACUGGGCCUCUGCUCUCUGGAAUUUCCUACUGCAUAGCUUCUUGCAGCAUGAUUUUGCUCAACAAGGUGGUUCUCUCCAGCUACAACUUCAAUGCUGGCAUAUCACUAAUGCUAUACCAGAAUCUUAUAUCCGUGGUCAUUCUUCUGGCACUUGAGCUCUUCAGUGUGAUUUCAACAGAAGAACUGACGUGGAAGUUGAUUAAAGUCUGGAUACCAGUGAAUAUUAUUUUUAUUGGAAUGCUAGUAACUGGAAUGUACAGUUUGAAGUACAUAAAUGUUGCCAUGGUUACGAUAUUAAAGAACAUGACAAAUAUUUUAACAGCUAUGGGGGAAAUAUACGUUUUCAAAAAGGGUCAGAACAAACAGGUUUGGGCUGCCUUAUUAAUGAUGAUUGUAUCGGCUGUAUGUGGGGGGAUGACAGAUCUUUCUUUCCAUCUAGUUGGUUACACAUGGCAGAUUUUGAAUUGUUUUCUAACAGCAGCCUACUCGCUUACACUGAGGCGCCUGAUGGAUACAGCCAAACAGUCAACAAAAUCUGGUUCCCUCAAUGAAGUAUCUAUGGUGUUACUUAACAAUGCGCUCUCCAUUCCUUUCGCGGUCAUUUUGAUUAUUGUCUUCAGUGAGUGGGAAUAUGUCUAUCAAGCUGAAGUUAUUAGAGAGCCUAUGUUCUGGUUUUUUGCGACGGCUAGUGGAUUGCUUGGUCUGGCGAUCAGCUUUUCGUCCGUGUGGUUUUUACAGGAAACUAGUCCGACAACUUACAGCCUUGUUGGCUCACUAAACAAGAUACCCAUUUCCGUUGCCGGUAUCUUGCUAUUCAAAGUCCCUGUGAGUGUGGAGAAUUUAUUCAGCAUAGUUUUUGGUCUUUUCGCUGGGAUAUUCUUCGCAAAGGCGAAAAUGUCCAAAUCCUAGUGUGUAUCAUCCUAGCGUGACUGUAACAUGAAAAUGUCUCACGGCAAGGCUACCUAUCAACUGUACAGAGAUAUCAUCAGAGUUAUGUGUAUUCUUUCUCAGUUUUGUUUCAACAGCUGUGGCAGGGCAGGAGGCACUCUGCAAGACAAGCCACCAGCACAUAAUCUCUGCUCAAGAAAUCGAACAGAACAAUCAUACAAAAAAAAUAAGAGAAAAGAUUUGGCUGAUGCCAACACUUCUUUUUGACUGAUACCAACACGUUGUUAUUGGGUUGUUGUUCUAUUGCAAGAGCUUUCCCUAUUUGUCCAAGAUUUAUAGUUCCGAAGUGGAUAAACUGGAUUGUCAGAGCCAAACAAUCUUUGACUAGAAUCAAGAUAUAUACUCAUGCUCAGAAUCUGUGAUUGCAGUAACAAAGAUUUUCAGUUUUGAGACCUCAGGUAGUACUAGUAUUAGUAUUGUUUUGGAUGUGUGCAUCAAUCGAUACAGAGGCCGAAGCAUUCCUCCUAAAAAAAAGUUUUGUUUCGGUGUUA